CAGGAAGCAUAAGGCUCAGGUGUCAUGAUAGAUCUCCAGUGUGCAUACAGGUGACUGUUGCUAUUCCUGUACGAUUUUGUAUGUCACCUCAAUUUUAGAUUUUCUAACAUCUUUCAUUAUUCUGUUGCUUUUCGUGAGGUGGCUUAAGUAUAAACAAGAAAACAAGUCGAUGCACAUGCCUUUCCACUAGCAUGAGCAUUACAUGAAGAAGCCAAUAGAGUAAGAAAAAAGAGACCUUGGGAGGUAAAGUUGUAGCCUUCGUCAGACACAAGGAAGACGGUUUUGUACGUACUUCAACAAGAGGACCCAUUGGCGAAAGCUACAUGGCUAUCACCAGAAUUCAUUAAUGUCAAGAGCAGUCCAAAAAUGGACUAAAAGUUUUCAUUAAGAGGCAUGUUUUCCAUCACUGGGAGUAUUGGAGUAAAUGCUAAAAUUUCACUUAAUGUUGCACUAAUAAAGAGUAAGCUGGAGCAUCCAUUGAGAGGGGGAUUAGAUAAUCCGCACAGAAAUAAUGACUUCCUGACCUGUGAUAUCUUCCAGUCCUGAGAUGUGUACUUUUUAACUCAGGUACCAUUAAAAACACUUCAUAGGCAUACAUCUGUCAACUUAGCAAUUCAUUGUAAUCAGUUUAUUUGUGUAGCACAUAGUUCAAAAUCAUGUGGUAUUUUCCUGAGAGAAUCUUCUAUCUGGAAGUAUUUUGAGCAAAUUUUAUCUACGUUGGCAGGUGUUAUGGGCACCCAGCCAGCCAGAACCCAGCCUAGCUGUAAAGUUUUUAAGCUAUUUACUCACUUGCUAUUAUUUGUUAAGUGCCUACUAAAUCCAAGCUUGGGAUGUUGAGUACCACAACUGAAAUGAGACGCAGGCCAGAGAUUAUAGUCCAGUGGAGCAUAAAUAACUGACUUAAAGCUACUACCAGAAUUGAAGUUAGAAGAGAAGUAUAUGAUGAGAGGCAUUAAUCUCGACGGGGCUAGGGAAGACACCCUGACCACUGCAGAAGCCCUGUCCACAAGACAGCUGAGACAGAUCACAUCGUGAAUGGCAGCCCCUGGAAGACCACUUAACCUCCAGGAACCCUAGCUUGCAUGUCAGUGUCCGAGUCUCAGUACUGAGGUCCUGCAAGCCUUAGUGACACACUUGCUUACCACCUCUUAUAGAGGGGGAGAUUUAAUGAAAACUCAAUGAUAAAAUCCAUCUUGUCUCACUUCUAUGAUUUUCCUCCUUCAUGGAGCUGUCAGCCAGCUGGACUCAGAGUUUUAUCAUCCCGCUAAACCAUCUGCACAGGCUCUCUCACCGUCCUGCUCACAAAUCUCCCGUCUUAAAAAAUCAAUAAGUUCUUAUUCGACCCCAAAGUCAGUCCUGAUUGUAGAAUGAUUUUAUUUUCUUAUCUAAUAUCUGCAGAUGUAUAGAAUGUGGACUCUUGGCUUUCCUACUUUCAUUGUUCUCUCUUGUCCACAAUUAUUUUUGCUUACUUUCUGUUUCUUACUCAGUCAGCAGCACCAUACACAUUAAAAAAAAAGUCUAUUUAUUUCAGUUUCCCUUCCACAGAAACAGUUACUAGAAAUGACUUUUUUGACCAAAUUCAUCGUCUUUUGAUAUCUAUCAAACUUCUCCACUUUAAUUUGAUAGCCUCAGCUCUGAUAUUCUAGGCACCCUCUCCUCCUGAUCUUUGUCCAUUGGACUGUUCUCUCUUGCUUCUCCUAUUACCUCUGUGUUCUCUGGUUCCCCCACCCCUACCCCAGAUUUUACUGCAUAAUAUAUCACAACUCUGGGGAUACCCUCAGUAGUUAAUGUUUCCUCCUAAUACUUCCAAAUCCACUUGAGUGGCCCAUCCUUUAAAAAUAGCUGUGAAUUUGUUAUGUGGAAGGAUGGUGAAGAUAGAGAAAGGCCUCUCUUUAGAACACAAAAGGAAGAUUGACAGUUGCGUUGUGGAUUUAGCUGAAGUAAGUAACCAUAAGUUUUAAGGUACAAAAAAAAAAAGUAGAUUAAACUGAUCCUACAUUGGGGAUUGUCACUAUAGAAGUGAAGGAAUGGAGAUUUGCAAGUAAGACAGUAGCAGACCGUCCGUAUGAGUAGGAAGGAAGGGAAGGUCCUCUUUCAAGAUCUUACAGAUGUAGAGGAGAAUGGCUUGCAACGACUAAAAGACUUGAUUGGGUGCAGCUUCGGUGUUGUGGGAACAAGAGGAAUGAAGCAUGGAGAUGGGGUGGUUGGUUAGCAUGGAGAGCUGGUUAACAGGUUUGGGCUGAGGGAUGAAAUGGUCUGUACAACGUGCUUUAAGUGGGUGGCCAAAGUAGAGUUUCAGAGGAUGCUGUGAUAAAAGAGAAGGCCCAGCAAGCCUUGAGAGUGAGGCAUUGGUGAGCAUCCACAGUGAUGGAGAAAUCCCUUAGAAUCAGGCAGGUGCUCAGCCAGCACUAAAUGCAGCAUUGCAUGAUUUACAAUUCAUCUUUAUCCUGUCUGACUCAUCUUACUGCGGUACAUCCUCCGGCUUGAUUGAGCCUCCUUAUCCCAGAUCUCUGCGUGCCUCUUCUCCUCCCAAGCCUCCUCCUUCCUAUGAAGCAGGUGUUCCCCGGCUUUGUUAGUUGCUGAUACCUCAGCCUGGAGUAAAGGAACGUUCACUGAACAUGGUUACUAACUGAGAGUGGAGAAAGCUUCAGAAUUUGCCAUUUCGAAUACCUGUUCUACCAGAAAUGCAGAUUUGCCUGGAAGGUUUUGGCGGCAAGCAGUAGAUCUGGCAACAUGUGAGGAAACAGAGUAUCAUGAUGACGUCUAUGAAGAAGCUCAGGAACUAGUCAAUGACUGGCUGGACAACAAACUUAAACAAGAAUUAGCAAGUGAUGGAGAAGGGGAAAGCACUGUGCUGAGCAGCCCCCCUGUGCCAGACGCCCAUGACCAUUUGAAGUAUGACAAGUUUGAUGAUUUAUGUGGCUAUUUGGAGGAAGAGGAGGAAAGUGCCACUGUUCAGAAAUUUAUAGAGCAUCUGCUCCAUAAAGAAGUGGUGGCUUCUGAGAUGGUGGAAGAGCUUGGAAUGGAGGAGAACCAAGACAAGAGGCAGCAGAAGGAUCCUCGUCUUACCAUGGAGAUGAGACAUAAGCAGGUCAAGGAAAAUCGCUUAAGACGCGAGAAACAACUGGAGUCCCAGAGAAUGGCAGAUGCCCUGAAAAAAGCAGCCUUCUUGGAGGCUCAGAGUCUAGUGCAGGAAGAAAAGAGAAGGAAGGCUCUGCUGGCCAAGAAAGAGAAGGAGGACAUUCAGAGAGAGAUGGUAAAGCUGCGGAGGGAGAUACUUGAAAGAAGGCACACUGUGGAAGAAGCAUGGAAAACAGAAAAGAAAAGACAAGAAGAAAUUUCUCAGAAGAAUUCAGAGGGAAAAAUGAUGGAAAGUACUCACAUACAUCUGGAUGAAGAAAAAGUUGCAAAAGAAAGAAAAAGAAAACUGAGGGAGACACUAAUCCAGACUUUCAAGGAAAAUCAGCAGUGUCAAAAACGGUAUUUCUCUGCCUGGCACAAGCUGAUUCUGGAUCAUAGGAUUAAGCUGGGGAAAGCGGGGACUCUGUCUGACUGGAAGCUUCAACUGAAGGUCCUGAGAGCCUGGAGAGACCAUACACGAUCCCGGAAGUUGGAACGAGAGACCAAAGCCUUGGAAAAUGACCUUAGGGAAGAAAACAGAAAACAACAGCUGGCUACUGAGUUUAACCGGAAACACGUUCUUCGAUACUGCUUUGGUGAAUGGCAGCGUUGGCAUGGUUCAGAAGUUAUCAAGAGGGAGCUGGCUCUCGCAAAGGAGCAAACUAGGAAGAAAAUGGAUGAGCUGCUGAAGGCAGCCUCCCUCGGGAAACUCAGUUCUAAGGGGUCAUCAGGUAUCGGUCUCGUUGCUGAGGCAGUGGCUGUGAUGGACCCAGCAGUAGGAAGUGGAGAGGUCACUAUCCUGUCCCCUUUGUGGGAAAGGCCACCUGUGGAGAGCAGUGGUUGUACACUCAGCCAUUCCCCAGAAAGAACCACCAAGGGUAAUUGUCAGGGUCCUCUCCCAGAUGUCUCUGGGAGCACACCUGGCACGGAGCAGUGCAAGGCUGUAGCAGCUGAGACCUCUGAGCAGCCUGGUAGCUGUGAACGACCUGGGACCACAAGGCAGGAGGCAGAAGCUGCUUGUGUGAGGCAUUUCCACCGUAGCCAUGUGUACCAGCAACAGCUGAUUGAGAAGCAAAAGAAGAAACUUGAGCAGCAGCAGAAAACCAUUCAGAAGCUAAAGGAAAACCAGCGCUUGGCCGAGGCCCGGUGGGCAGCUAAGCGAGCCCCGGCAGUCACAGAAGGACAGAACUGCCUUCAGUCAGACCCCAGAGGAGCAAGGGACCCGCAGGGCACCUGCCAGAGGCUUCUGAAGUGUGAAGAUAGUAGAACUGAUUGCAGAAAACCCCUUUCUGCAUCCAGAAGGACCCUGAAGCAGCCAACAGCACCCCAUCCCUUACUGAAAGGCAAGACUGCCCCAGUGGUCUCCAUGAUGGUUGCCUUUUCCACUGGAGUAGUGUGUGUCUGGGCUGGGUGCUUACAGCUCUUGACACUAGCCAUGGAAGAGAGAGCAAUUCAACGAGCUGAACGUAGGCAGAUCUUGGCAGAAAAGAAGAAAAAACAAGAAGAAGACAAAUUGGCUCAGUUAAAAGCCCAAGAGGAAGAACGCCAAAAGAAGGAUGCAGAAGAAAAGGAAGCCCAGCUGGAGAGAAAACGAGAGGAAAGGAGGCUGAAGAAGAUGAAAGAACUAGAGAAACAGAAGAGAAUUAAAAGAAUUCAAGAGUUGGAAGCAGUAGCCAAAGGUCAUUAUGAGAGGGUCUUGCUAAGGAAAAAAGGCCUGGAGCCCUGGAAGAGACUGAGAAUGCAAAGCAAGCACAACAUUGAGGUAGCAGAAAAGUAUCACUCUUUGGCUUUACAAAGAAAAUGCCUGCUCAACUGGUUCCAGUAUAGCCAGGAAACUCUGGCUAUGAAGACAGCCAAGGCUGAUCAAUUUUACUCCCAACUGUUGUAUAGGAGAAGCAUCCGGAGCUGGCUCCAGUAUGUCAGUGAUCUAGAGAAAGAAGUCAGGAGACUUUGCACCUACUUACUGCAGAAGAAGAUUUUCAAGGCCUGGCUUACUACUGUCAGGGAGCUGAAGAUGGAUUCGCAAAGAAAGCUUAAGGUUGCCACAGAACACUGUGACAGGAAGAUUCUCAUGCUCACCCUGGAGAUGUGGAAGGCAUUUGUAAAACUUACCAAAGAAGAAAGAGUGAAGGAAGAACGCCGAGACCACCUCCGCCGGAAGGUCUCCGAAAUCCUUCCAGACUUCCAGAUGCUGGUGCCUCCGUGAUGGCUGCAUCCAGUAGCUACCCGCUUGCCCGCUGAGGGAAGUCUCUGGUGCCUGGACGUGUGCAGGCUAUCUCCACCCACACACCAGCUGAGCCUGGCCUACUUUCUGGAUGUGUCAUAGCCCUGGGAAGUAUCUUGGGAUUUGUUCUUCCAUCUUGAUAUCUCCUGGAUUGCUAGGCAUCUGUUGUAAUGUCUGUCACAGUGGGUCAUCCAAAGGAGCAGUCUAGGGCACCACUGUUGAGUGUAUUUUAUAUAUUCUUAGUAUAAUAAACUUGGGAAGGAUGAA